AUGGCGGCAUCUAAAAGUCUGCUAGAGGUCACAACUGAGGAUUUCUGUGCCCUGCGUUCAGCUCAGGCACAUGAGCAGCACCUGCAAGCCAUUGCUAUUAACCCGAUCGCCAACAAGAAACUUUAUGGUGUCACUGAACGCUCCAUACUGUUGGAACUGCCCUACUUCGACGUCACGCGUCAGUUGCCUCCCGACCUGAUGCAUGACAUUUUGGAAGGGGGGUUUGAGUGCAUUCUCCGACAAGUUUUGAAGGCAUUAGUUCAGGGGGGCACGCUGGCAUACAGUGAUUUGGAUUACAUAGCUUCAUUCGAGUACGGAUGGAAUGACAAAAAGAACAAGCCUGUUGCAAUGAAUAGGUCCUUUCUGACAAGCAAAGCGAACCUGAAGGGCACUGCUUCUGAAAAGUGGUGCCUUCUCAGACUCCUGGGUCUGAUUCUUGGGGACCUGGUCCCAGAAGGUGAUGCGGACUGGGAGUUAUAUCUGCGGUUCCGCGAAAUUGUGGACAUCGUCUUUGCUACGGUAAUACCAUGCGAGUACCUUCCGUACUUAGAGACGACUGUGCAGACCUUUCUCGUGGACUUUGCACAGCGAUAUGGUGCUGCAGCCAUAACUCCUAAGAUGCACUACCUGGUGCAUUACGCCAGAUUAAUUCGAGAACUUGGACCGCUGCCACAGUUUUGGUCAAUGAGAUUUGAGGCCAAGCAUCAACAUUUUAAGAGCCUCGCCUCGCGCGUCAAAAACUUCCGCAACAUCACUCGAACCCUGUCAACACGGCAUCAGCUGAUGCAGAGUCACCAGCUGAAGGAGUUUUCAUUUGAUUCUGACCUCGUGACCCCAUCUGGCAAGCCAGUUGAGCAGAGCGCUCUACCUCCUUGCGGUCAAGGAGUCCUGCCACUGAGUGCGCGCCAGGUGUCGCGUGCGUCACUCGACCACCGUGAGUACCGGUGUGGUACUGUCCUGGUGAAACCUUCCCAGGAUGCCGAGCCACACUUCUGUAGAGUGGAAGCUCUGUAUGUUGCCGAACGCAAGCUAUUCAUUUUGAUUGAAUUGCUAAUGAACGAAGGUUUUGACCGGCACAGGUUUUGCUAUCAGGUGCGCAAGUCUAGCGAGCUGAAACUCGUGAAGGCUGGAGAAGAUGACACGCUUCACUGUGCUUUAGAUUUAUACAAUGAGAGUGAAGUUGUGCCCAGAUGGGAAGUACUGUGA